AUGGCUUCCAAAGAGGCUGUCGUGUCUGAGCCUCAGAAAAGCCCGUCGAUUCAAAAUAGCAACGCUGAUUCCGAAGCCUCAGCAGGCCCAGAAAAUGGCAGCUGGGAAGCUCUCGAGGGGACGAAAUCAAUCGGCCUGAAAAAGGACCUGUCCUUGUUUGGCAUCCUGUCCGCAGGCUACAGUAUCAGCAACAGCUGGCUGGUGGUCGCCGCCAACCUGGCCAUCUCGCUCUUCUACGGCCCCAUGAAUACCGUCUGGGGUCUCAUCGCGACCACCAUCAUCUACGCUUGUGUCGGACUGACGCUGUGUGAGCUGGUGUCAGCAUACCCCACAACGGGCGCUCAGUACCACUGGACGUCCAUCCUGGCGCCAAAAGGAAUCAAUCGAGCUGCCAGCUAUUUCUGCGGCUUCCUCAGCUGGCUGUCAUGGUUGAUGAUGUGUGCGUCGAGCAUGGGUGCCAUGGCCAACGCCAUCAACGCCCUCGCCCUCAAUGCCAAUCCCGACUAUACAAUGAAGCCCUGGACCAUGUUCUUGAUCUACGUGGCCAUCAAUAUCCUCGCCCUUUCAUUCAACCUAUUCCUCCACCGAGGACUGGGAAAAUUCUACGAGUUUGGGUUCGUUCUCAGCUUGGUUUCCUUUGUGGUCAUCACAGUGGUAUGCCUGGUCCUGCAACAUAACAAACAAUCCUCUUCAUUUGUCUGGCUGAAUGCCACAGAUAAUUCGGGCUGGUCGCUAGGAACGCAAUUCAUGAUCGGACUCGCUGGGCCAGUCAUUGCGUUCAUGCCGCUUGAUGGAGCGGCACACCUGGUCGCAGAGGUCAACCGGCCGGCGAUCAUUGUUCCCAGGACUAUCAUCGCCUCUCUGGUCAUUUCGUUCGUAUCAUCGCUCGUGUUUGGCCUUUCGAUGAUGUACUGCAUCGGGGAGGUCACGUCGGUCUUGACGACACCUUCUGGCUUCAUCCUGUUCGAACUUUGGCUACAAGCCACGGGGUCACAGGCACCAGCCAUCGCAUUCACCAUUUCCAUCAUCAUCAUGCUGCCGAUUGGCAGCAUUGCCUGCCAGCAAGUGGCCUCCAUGAUGGCGCUCAGCUUGGGAUUGGACAAGGCCUUGAUCUUCCCCGGCACAUGGAGCACCGUGAACAAGAAGCUCAGCGCACCUGCCAAUGCUUUGCUUCUGAACUUCAGCCUUAUGUUCCUAGUCGGCAUUCUCUUCCUAGUGUCCACACUCGCAUACAAUGCAUUGGUUGGCACGGCGAUCGUCCUCCAGCAGAUUACCUUGGUUAUGCCGACCAUCUUUUUGUUGUACAACCGCCGCUCCGUCCAGGCUCUCCCACCAUCUCGUGCCUUUAAGCUACCAAAUUUGGUGGGCUGGACUGUGAACAUUAUAACAGUGGCCUGUUUGUCAGUCACGACCACCUUUUUCUUUCUUCCGGCCAGUCGUCCUGUCACCGCGAAAACCAUGAAUUACGCCUCUGUUGUGGUCGUCGGCUUUAUAACGAUCGCGGUAAUUAACUGGUUUGCCCACGCCAGAAAGCAUUACCACGGACCAAGGUCAAUUCAACUUCACGAGCACUAA